AUGUUGCCCGAGGAGGCAGCCCGAGAGGCCAAUGAGAGAGCUGAGGUAGCUGAGGCAACUCUAAUAGAGCUAAUAAAGGGUCUCGAAGAGGCUAUUUCUGAAACUCGAGCUGCUUUGUCUACAGAGGAAGAGUUGAAGAAGAAAUUAGAUCUAGAGGACUCAUUCCCAGCAAAGGAAGGUGCUGUAGUGGAAGCUGAGUCUUAG